AAGAAAUUUCUCUUUAAUUUCUAACAUUCAUCAUCAUCAUCAUCAUCAGUGCUUUGUAUUAAGAGUAGGGAAGAGAGAGGAGCUGACAAUGGCUGAAAUACCUGAAAUGAUUGAAGAGGCUAAUGUGGCCCUGGAAGAGAACGCUGAAACUCUAUCAGCAACAAUGGAAGUUGACCUCAGUGUUGGGAGCGACCUUGCUGAGACCAGCUGGGUAGGUAACACAAUGGAGUUAAACAUGGCUGAAACCUCAGCAAUGACCAAAGACGUAACCGCCAGUCUAAUGUCUGAUGCCCUUUCUGAUGAAUCAUUAUUUGGAAGUACCUCUAAACUAGCUAAUGAGGUUGAAACUCUCAUGGGGUUCCCUUAUGGGGAAGAGACAGCAGCUGUCUCUACUGAUGUGGCUAAUGCUUCAGGAGAGAUUUCAAAACUGGAGACAGAAACUGAAGCAUCUGAAAUGUCCAAAUCAGCAAAAUGGUCGAAGACUAAACUGGUGGGAAAGAUCUUUAUGUAUGGAACUGGUAUUCUCCUUGGGCUGGACUGGAUUGCUGGUAGACUAGCAGGAAUCAUCACUACAAUGAUGGACGCUGACAACGCACCAAGCUGGACCAAGGACAUGACUGACGCUGAGAAAGAAGAGCUGAAAGAUGUGACAGCGGCUCUACCUAAACUGAGUAUCAUACUCCAGAGCUGGGUCAGCCAAUGGAAGACUUACAAAGACAAAGACGUUGACCUGGGGACUCUGAGGGUGACCAUUAGCAGCACUCCUCAUGAUGUACCAGUAAUGCUCAUGCUCUUUUAUGCAUUCAGAGACAUGGAUGGGAUGAUUACUAACACGAAAUCAAUAUUUUCAGGUGGUACGGACUCAUUGAGUGCAGCAGAUGUUAUUGUGGCCAUGAAUAACAUAUUUGUGGUGCUGGCUGAUGCUCUUUCAGUCUAUGAAAUGAAGAAACAGUCAGCUUAUCUCAAAGCACACCAAUUUCCACCAAAGGAAGACCAAGAGACCCUGAAUAAGAUCAUCAUGAGCUUCAAAGAUGGAGAAGCAAAGGUCAAAGCUGUUGGGGUCAAGUACUUGCGUUUUGCAGCCACUAAUGCAGUGACAGCAUAUCUUCAAGUGAAAAUCACCAGAGAUAUUUAUCACAGUCUUCAGAAUAUUGUACUACCUCAAAUGAGAGCAGCUGCUAAAGCUGCUUUUAAAGACGCAGCACAAAGUCACAUGGAUGAUGAGAAAGCUGCUAUUCAAGCACUGGCCUGGGUACCAGGGGCUGGUAUAUCAAUGGCCAGGGAUAAGAUUGCUAAGGAGCAGAAGAUUGCAGCUGAAGAAGGAACAGCAGCAGCUAAGAAAGCAGCUGAAGACAAGUUAGCUGAACUGAGGCCUCAAGUUGUAGCAAAUGCCAAACUAGCAGCUAAGAAGCACACUGACGUUGACCAGAAGCAACUUAAAAUCAUUGCUGAUCUUGCAAUUGAUAGUGCUCUGGGGCAAGUUAAAUCAGCUGUCAAGAAAUGAACAAUUUAAAAAUGACUGAUACUUAUUAGUAGUUAGUAUAGGACACACAGUAGUAAUACAAUAGUUGAAAUAUUUCCCUUUUAUAGUUAUACAAACUCUAGAUCAGUUA